AUGGGUGCCGGUAUAGGGACACACCGAGUAUUACUCAGCGGACUGAGUGCGGGGGACACUCCGGCUCCGGUAGCAGCUGAGGGCAGAACUCACCUUCACUUCCGCAUCUUCCCAGCCCGGCUAUCCCGGCCCUCCCGCAGCUCUAUGAUCUCAAUGUCGCUCUGCCCCUUGCUUCUUAAGCCUCUAUGUGGGGGUGUAUUUACAGUACAGAGGGGGAUAUCUGGGGGCACCGGCACUGAGCAAACAACCCCAGUCACUUCCAGUUACAGAGAUUUCCCAACCUCCCAGCAGCCAGUGCGGCGGGGUCUGGGCUCCGACUGUCAGUCUCCUCUGGGACACACUGCGAGCAGAACCCUCCUCAGCAUGGGGCAUCUACUGGGGCAACUAGGGGCAACACUGGCCUCUCUACUGCUGCUCCUCUCUGCCCCUACUGCCCUGGGGCAAAGGCAGAAGAAACCACCUCCCCCCAGUCCCAUAGACAAUAUCCAGGCUGUGGGCAACUUUGAUCCAAACCGGUUUGCAGGGAAGUGGUUUCUCCUGUCCGUGGCUUCUGAAUGUAAUUACCUGAAGCUGAACAAUCACCGGGUUGAGGCCACCAUUGCCCAAGUGACCGCCUCCAAGAAGCCCAAAGUGGGGGACACACUGACUGUGAGCACCUUCCGAAAACUGGACGGAAUCUGCUGGGAGAUUAAACAGGAAUAUAGGGAGAACAAGCAGAAAGGGCGGUUCCUCUUACUGGGGCGGGGCUCCAAGGGGCCAAUCGAUAUGGUUGUGGGGGACACGGAUUACGAGAGCUACGCGAUACUGUUCUAUCAGAGACAGAGGAAGCUGAGUAUGAAGCUGUACGGGCGGAAGACGCAGUUGAACAACAACAUUUUCACCAGGUUUGAGGCGCUGGCGGGUAAGCAGGAGCUGGGCCUGGAGUCCCUGUACCCCUUCCCUGCAUACGGUUUCUGUGAGUCGGCCGAUCAGUUCCACAUCCUCGAUGAGGCUCCCAAGUGACCCGUUACCUGUGGGAAAAUACUCAGCCUGGAGGGGACUUCCUGCCCUGCGGCACCGACUGGCACCCACACCGACUGGCACCCACACCGACUGGCACCCACAUAUGGAACCACCAUGUAUCCCCUGUAUCCAAUAAAAUAUCCUCUGUCCCCAGAA